CCGCACCCCCCCCCCCCCACCGGCCGGCGGCAGAAAGGCAACUCUGCCAAGAGCGGAUUAGAUAGGAGGGGGCAGCGCAGAGAGCACUCCUGCACAUCUCUCGCCCUCGCCUCCAGCGCGUCGCGAUGAACACAGCCAUGGCCACCACUUCCUUAUCCCUCCAAGGUUGCCCUUCCCAGGCCCCCACCAAGAAGUUCUCCUCCCCUUUCCUCGGUGCACCCGCCUCCUUCCUCCGGCCGCUGGCGCCCGUGCCCACCGCCGGCUCCUCGCGGCGGACUCUCGCCGUCAGGGCCAUGGCGCCGCCCAAGCCGGGAGGCAAGCCCAAGAAAGUGGUGGGCCUGAUAAAGCUGGCCCUGGAGGCCGGGAAGGCGACGCCGGCGCCGCCGGUAGGCCCGGCGCUUGGUGCCAAGGGUGUGAACAUCAUGGCGUUCUGCAAGGAGUACAAUGCCAAGACGGCCGAGAAGGCUGGCUACAUCAUCCCCGUCGAGAUCACCGUGUUUGAUGAUAAAAGCUUUACCUUCAUCUUGAAGACCCCACCGGCUUCAGUCCUGCUCCUCAAGGCUGCAGGUAUCGAAAAAGGUUCAAAAGAGCCACAGCGGGAAAAGGUUGGAAAAGUAACAGCAGAUCAAGUACGUACAAUAGCUCAAGAGAAGUUGCCAGACUUGAACUGCAAGAGCAUUGACUCUGCCAUGAGGAUCAUCGCUGGCACUGCCGCUAACAUGGGUAUCGAUGUUGAUCCUCCAAUCCUUGAGAAGAAGGAAAAAAUCCUCCUGUAGUCUGUUUUGCUGGCACCCGCAGAUCAUCUUACCAGUGGCCAUCUGUAGAUUAUGUUUGCCUUUUCGUUCGUCAGUUCUCUGUGCCUACUCGAAGUUUUCCUUUGGUGUCAGGUUCUUGUGGUCUUGUUGGUCAAUCCAACUAUUUGGUGUAGAGCUUCAACAUUUUUUUCUUUCGAAAUCCUAAUUAUAUUACAAUUGGUCUAACAGAGCAGGAUUAUGGUGCUUCCAAAAUAUCUAUUCGCAGCAUAUUUCACCUA